AUGUCGUCAACAUUGAACAUUAAGAUCGAGUUCGGCGGCGGCCUCGAGCUCCUCUUCACCAACGAACGAACGCACAAGAUCGCGCUCCCCGCCCACAUUCCUGCCUCUUCGCCCGCUGCCACAGCCGAUGCGCCUGACGCGCCGGCGAACAUCACUUUCCUGAUCUAUUGGCUCAAGGAGAAUUUAUUGAAGGAACGUGCGGAGCUGUUUGAGGAGAACGGGACUGUAAGGCCGGGCAUUCUGGUGUUGGUCAAUGAUACGGACUGGGAGCUGGAGGGCGAGGGCGACUACGAAUUGAAGGAUGGCGACGAGGUCGUGUUCAUCUCGACGCUUCAUGGAGGCUGA